AUGUCCUCCGUACCCGGCGAGGCGGAAGGCAAGGCGGAGCCGCGCGCCCUGACCCCCGAGGGCCCCGCGCCCUGGGCGCCGCCGGCAGCGCCCGCCGCCGCCGCGGCGCCGGCCCCACCGCGCGGCGCGGCUUCGCCCGCCGCGGGCGGCCCCCGCGCCGCGGCGGCGGCGGCGGCCCCGGCGGCGGUCCGCGCCGCGGACGCGGCGGCGCCCGCCGCGGCCGCGGCGCCGGCGCGCGCGGGGUCGGUGGCCGCCACGUACUCGUCGUGCUUCAGCUCGGCGGCCAGCUCGCUGGCCUCCUCCGCGGGCAGCGGCGCGGCGGCCGCGGCUGUCGCCGCGGCCGCGCCCGUGACGGUGGUCGUGGCGUCCGCGCAGGCGGAGGCGGAGUCGCCGCCGGCAGGGGCGGGCUCCAGGCCCCCGAGCCCGAUGCGGGUGCCGCCGCCGCUGCCGCGCGGGCUGCUGUCGCUGGGCGAGCCCGAGGGCGCGGCGGCUUCGUCGCGGCGAUCCUCGCGCUCGAGGGGGUCGCGCAGGGGCUCCCGGUGCGCCUCGGCGGAGGCGGAGCGCCCCCCGUGGCGGCCGGCGGGCGUGGCGCGGAUCCCCUCGGCCGUGCCGCGCGCGUCCCAGUCGUCGCCCGCGGAGCCGGAGUUGGCGGCGCCGGCCGCCGGCGAGGACGGCGACGGCCCGGGCUGCCUCACGAUGCAGCGGUUCCUCAGCCUGAGGAACAACAUCAGUCUCACCCUGGACCUCCAGGUCGGGACGGAGCCGUCCGCUAGCUCUAGGGACCGCGGCAACGCCGGGGAGACGUGCGGGUGGCGCAAGCUCACGCUGGCAACCGUGCCGACGGCCGAGGACGACGAGAACAUGGAGGCUGCCGGCCCCAGCCCCCCUGGCUCCGCGCCCCUGGCGUCCGACGGCGCGCCCCGCCGGCGGCGGUCGCUGCUGCAGGUGCGCAGUGCGACCGACGCCGCGCCCCCGCGGCGGCGCUCGCUGCUGCAGGUGCGCAGCGCGAUGACCACCGGCGGGCGCGCGGCGCGGUCACCGGACGUCGCCCUGGACCCCAUGGUCAGGGUGGGGUCCACGAGGUCGCGGAAGGCCGGGCUCCCCGUCGAGGACGGGCGACAACGGCCUCAUGGACUUGAGGGCAAAGUGGCAGCGGGUCAAGGCAACUUGCCUUCGAGGAGAACCUUUCGCCGAAGAGGACGUCAAGGCAAUACGCCACGCGUUCAGCCGCUUCAAGACGUCCAACGACCACGAGGUGCACAAGAAGGAGACCUCAACGAGUUCGUGCAGUACCUCGGGUACAUCGUGCUGCGGGUGGAGGACCCCGACGUGCUCAAGGUGGCCGACGAGGUGACUCCCUACAGCACCCUGGACUUCAACGAGGCCGUCGCCUUCGUCGAGAAGUACGCGAGGACCGAGUGCCAGAAGCUCCUGGCGCUCUUCCGGUCUUACGACGACGACGAGAGCGGGAAGCUGUCGGUCGAGGAGCUCAGGCGCGCGCUGUCCUCGUUCGGCUUCGUCCCGUACCGGGCCAUGGUGGAGGAGGCCAUGGAGGUCGUCGACGACAACGGCGACGACGAGCUCGACUUUGAAGAGUUCAUGCACUUUCUGACGGUCUACCGCCACCACCAGGGCUUCACGCAGCAGCAGGUGUCGCGGGCGUUGAGGACCUUCGGCCGCUUCACGGAGGACAUCCCGAAGUUGGGCAAGGUGCUGCUGAAGGCGAGCGUCGGGCCGGCCCUGUGCCAGCUCUACGGGCCGCGCUCGGAGGGGAGGAGCGCCAACGUGGUGGUCGCGAAGCACUUCGGGAGCGGCGGCAGGCGCAGGGGCAACCAGGUUCAGCAGCACCUUGCGGGGAGACGGAGUACACCCAGCAGGACGUGCUCGAGUUCCCAGAUUUUCUCGUCUUCGCCCGCCUCGUGCGGGAGAGCUCGAGCAGGUCACGCUGGCCUCGGAGUUCAGGAAGUGCGACAGGACCUCGAACGGAGACGGCAUCAUUUCCGUCGACGAGUUGGGGACCAUGUUGGCUAA